CUCUCCUCCACCUCCCCACUCCCUUCAUCUAACUCCGUCAACUACGUGUUGUUGACGUUCCCUCCAUCUGCGCAGAGGGUAUCUCGAACAAAAGCACUCGCAGUGCUCCCAUUUUCUCGACCGCCCCCCCUCUGUCGCUGCAUCGCGCCUCUACCCUCGGUGAAGUCGACUUCCGCCACUCCUUACCGACUUGGGAUUCGACCUUGUCGCGCGUCGACAUUUGAUACACGAAUUUGGAAUACGCCGAACAAAUUCCAUUCACUCAUCCUUCUGCUAGGCACCGUCAGUGAAGACUUCGCAAGACCGCAUUGCAGGCCUCUCACUGAAGGGGGCGCCGCCUAUCGCAAAUAUGGCCGACUACGAUUACAACGACAACAUGGCGGAGGAGGAUGACUACUAUGAGGACGACGAUACCAUGAUCACGGCAGAGGACUGCUGGACUGUAAUCAACUCUUUCUUUGAGUCGAAAGGUCUAGUGUCCCAGCAGCUCGAUUCAUACGAUGAGUUCACCCGCAACACGAUCCAGGAUAUCGUGAGAGAAAACGGCUCAGUCAUUCUCGAUCAACAAGGUCCUUUCGGCGACCACGAGUAUGAGGAUAAUCCGAUCUUGAAGCGACGGUACGAGAUCAAGUUCGGUCGAGUGUUUCUGGCGCGCCCAACCCACACCGAAGGAGAUGGCACCACACAACAACUAUAUCCACACGAAGCACGAUUGCGAAAUCUCACAUACUCGGGAGCUAUGAUGGCACACAUCGAUAACAGUAUCAAGAUUGCAAGAGAGGCUUCCGCUACAGAGGAAGGAGACGAGGAUUUGGAUGGUGGGCCCGGCAUGGCCACGAGGAUCCGCUGGGAUCGAGAAGAUGUUCAAGAUCUCGGUGAGAGCGAAGGAAAGCCAAAGGUGUUCAUAGGAAAACUACCUGUCAUGCUUCGGUCCGAGCUUUGCCAUUUGCGCAAUCAGACGGAUGAGGCCCUCUUCGGUCUCAAUGAAUGUCCAUACGACAUGGGAGGAUACUUCGUUAUCAACGGUAGUGAAAAGGUUCUGAUUGCACAGGAACGUAGUGCAGCCAACAUUGUGCAGGUCUUCCGCAAAAAGCAAGGACCGAUUCCUUGGACUGCUGAGAUCAGAAGUGCCGUGGAGAAGGGAACACGACUUAUUUCAUCGUUCAACAUCAAGUGGGCCGACAACUCUCUCAUUCAGAAGCGUACGCCAGGACCUUUCGCCUAUGCCAUCCUUCCUUACAUCAAAACGGAUGUACCUAUGGCACUCGUCUUCCGUGCACUGGGCGUCGUUUCCGAUGAAGACAUCUUGAAUCAUAUUGUUUAUGAUCGCAGCGAUACGCAAAUGCUUGAACUUCUCAAGCCAAGCAUUGAGGAGGGUAUGAUGAUUCAAGACCGUGAGAACGCUUUGGAUUGGAUUGCUCGCCGUGGAAACAAUACGGGUACUAGAGACAGGCGUCUCAAAUUUGCCAGAGACGUCAUGCAGCGAGAGUUCUUGCCGCAUAUUUCCCAGAGAGAAGGACAGGACACUAGGAAAGCCUUCUUCUUCGGCUACAUGCUUCACCGCCUGCUUCAGUGUGUUCUUGGCCGUCGAGACGAAGACGACCGUGACCACUUUGGCAAGAAGCGAUUGGAUCUCGCAGGCCCGCUGAUUGCCAAUCUUUUCCGAAUCCUGUUCCUGAAGCUCACCAAGGACGUUUUCAGGUAUCUUCAGAGAUGUGUUGAGAGCAACCAAGACUUCAACGUUCAGAUGGCCGUGAAGGCGAGCGUCAUCACCAACGGAUUGAAGUACUCCCUCGCCACUGGUAACUGGGGUGACCAGAAGAAGGCGGCUUCAGCAAAGGCUGGAGUAUCUCAGGUGUUGAACAGGUACACAUAUGCCUCAACUCUGUCCCAUCUUCGUCGCACGAAUACCCCAAUCGGACGUGAUGGAAAGCUUGCCAAACCGCGCCAGCUACACAAUACCCAUUGGGGUUUGGUGUGUCCUGCUGAGACUCCUGAAGGACAGGCUUGUGGUUUGGUCAAGAAUCUUUCCCUGAUGUGCUACGUCAGUGUUGGGUCCGAGAGUACUCCUAUCACUGACUUCAUGAGUCAACGAAACAUGGAUCUUCUCGAAGAGUACGAUCCAGUGGUUAACCCAUCAGCGACCAAGGUCUUUGUCAACGGUGUAUGGGUGGGUGUUCACUCACAGCCAUCGCAACUCGUAUCUGUGGUGCAGGAACUUCGACGCAACGGAACUUUGUCCUACGAGAUGAGUUUGGUCCGAGACAUUCGAGAUCGAGAGUUCAAGAUCUUCACAGACGCAGGCCGUGUCAUGCGACCAUUGUAUAUUGUUGAAACGGACUAUCGCAAACCCAAUCGUGGAUCCCUGGUACUCAACAAGGGUCACAUUCAAAAGCUCAUUGAUGACACCAUGAUCGAUACUUCUGGCUACAAUGACGAAGACGCACAAGCCAUGAAAUUUGGUUGGAAGGGUCUCCUGCACGGUGGUGUAGUAGAGUACCUGGAUGCAGAGGAAGAGGAGACUUCUAUGAUCAUCAUGACACCUGAGGAUCUUAGCGAGCAUCGCGAUCUCAUGCAAGGUAUUCCUGCGCCCGAUGCACCUUCAGAAGAUCGUCACAGGCGAAUCAAGCAAAAGCCCAAUCCUUCCGUGAGGACAUACACUCAUUGCGAGAUCCAUCCAAGUAUGAUUCUCGGUAUCUGCGCCAGUAUCAUUCCUUUCCCAGAUCACAACCAGUCUCCUCGUAACACUUACCAAUCCGCUAUGGGUAAGCAAGCUAUGGGUGUCGCUCUUACAAAUUAUGCUUUGCGAAUGGAAACUAUGAUGAAUGUUCUGUACUACCCCCAGAAGCCGUUGGCAACUACGAGAGCAAUGGAGUACCUCAAGUUCCGUGAGCUCCCCGCCGGUCAAAACGCUAUCGUGGCCAUCUCUGUCUACUCCGGCUACAACCAAGAAGAUUCCGUCAUCAUGAACCAGAGCAGUAUCGACAGAGGACUCUUCCGAAGUCUCUUCUACCGAGCAUACACGGAGCAGGAGAAACGUAUCGGUGUUAAUGUUCUGGAACAAUUCGAAAAGCCCACUCGAGGUGACACUCUAAGGAUGAAGGGCGGAACUUAUGACAAGUUGGAUGAUGAUGGUGUCGUUUCUCCUGGUGUUCGUGUUUCUGGUGAUGAUAUCAUUAUCGGAAAGACUGCUCCCAUUGCCACCGAUGCCAAAGAACUCGGUCAGAAGACAUCGCUCCAUACCAAGCGCGAUGUGUCCACACCCCUGCGUAGUACCGAGAACGGUAUUGUGGAUCAGGUCUUGUUCACCACCAACACCGAAGGUCUCAGGUUCGUCAAGGUUCGUACCAGAACCACCAAGGUUCCACAAAUCGGCGAUAAAUUUGCUUCGCGUCACGGUCAAAAGGGUACUAUUGGUAUCACAUAUCGGCACGAAGACAUGCCCUUCACCAGGGAGGGACUGACCCCAGAUCUCAUCAUCAACCCGCACGCCAUUCCAUCUCGUAUGACUAUUGCCCAUUUAGUCGAGUGUCUACUCUCCAAGGUUGGAUCUCUGAAGGGUGCUGAAGGUGACGCAACCCCCUUUACCGAUGUUACCGUUGAUUCCGUCUCCAAAUUGCUUGAGCAGCAUGGUUACCAACAACGCGGUUUUGAGGUCAUGUACAACGGGCACACCGGCAAGAAGCUUCGGGCACAAGUCUUCCUUGGUCCGACAUAUUAUCAGCGUCUCCGUCAUAUGGUGGACGACAAGAUCCACGCACGUGCUCGCGGCCCGUUGCAAAUCCUCACCCGACAACCUGUUGAAGGUCGUGCUAGGGAUGGUGGUCUCCGUUUCGGAGAGAUGGAACGUGAUUGUAUGAUUGCUCAUGGUGCAGCGGCUUUCUUGAAAGAGAGAUUGUUCGAGGUGUCAGAUGCGUACAUGGUUCACGUCUGCGAGAUCUGUGGUUUGAUGAGCCCAAUUGCCCAACUGAAGAAGGGCAAUUACGAAUGCCGUCCGUGUCACAACAAGACCAAGAUCGCCCAGAUCCAGAUUCCAUACGCUGCCAAACUUCUCUUCCAAGAAUUGCUCAGUAUGAACAUUGCCACUCGCAUGUUCACCACCCGAACUGGCAUCAGUGUGAGAGAUUAGUAAUUUCUUCGGCAAUGGAUUAGGAUUCUUGCUCUUGCAUCACGUAUUGCAAACGGGCCAAAACAAUCUCGCAAAAACAACCACCACCUUCCCAAUUACCCUUUCAGAAUAUGCAUUGCCACGGCGUUUGUUCAUUUCCGGUAAAGAUUCGAAGCUUUCGAAAUUGAUGAAGCAUGCAGGGGGGGACUUUUUUUCUCAAACAGUAAUCAUUUUCCCUCGACUUUCUUCUUUCCUGCGUUAAAGUUCCCAUCAUCAUUCGCGAAUCGUGGGUUCAAGUUUGAUUAAGUCAGUAUUUGGGAAAAACGAGAAGACACACAUGCACCACCUCUACUCCAAAAAAAGUAACCAUCUUUGGUACAUAUUUAUAGCACCACCAUGAAUUGGCUUUUGAACUUCCCCUCGAUGGGAAAGGGCUCGUCUGUAGAAUAGUGAAAGUAAAGCAAAGCGAGGAACAGAAAAAUAUAAUGCGCAAAAUAUC